AUGGAUCCCGCAUCCAAUGCCCCACGUGGUGCAAACGUGAGGAGUGCGUGCGAUUUGUGUCGGUCUCGAAAGAUCCGAUGUGAUAAAGCCCAGCCUGCUUGCGAGAAUUGUCAAGUCGCCGGACUACCUUGUACAUUCACUGCGCAACCAACUGCCCAGCGGAAAAGCCUGCGACAAGAGCUCACUGAUUCCCGAGCGCGGGUGCAAGAGUUAGAAGAUGCUCUAGCUGCCGUGCAAAAUAACAGCGAUGCACCUAAUUACAGUGCAAGAAGAGUCGCACCAGCAAGUUCAACUGCAACUACUUCACCUGGGUCCGAAGCCCACUUCCAGUCAUCUCAAUCAAGUCAACCGUGUAAAAACUAUAUCCCAGACACCCGCUCUCUAGAAGCUGCAGUGGCAGCUUUUCAAUGGCAUAUUGCAUUUUGUGGGCUCGGAAAUCCCCUGUCGACCACAAGAGCGGCCUUCUACUCACAGAUUCACCGGCAAACAGGUUGUACUUUUGAUUUGGACAACUUUCUUCAGGGAGUGGCGAGCUCAUUUAAGGCAAACGGUCUGAGAUCCGAAAAGAAAUCCACCACUUCCAAAUGGCCGUCAACGCCCUUGGUUCAACGUUGCGUGGAGCAUUAUGCAUCAAACGGCCUGUAUUCAAUGUUCCCCUUCGCAGAUGCUGAGGCCCUGCGGGUAUUGAUUCAAGCCGAUGUCCUAAAUCAUCCUCAUACAACUCGUGCUGCGAAUCGAGCAUGUCUAGCGGCAUUCACGGCAAAUAUCACAGUAAUGCAUCGCCAUGAUCCUGCCUUUUCGGACUCGGAUCCUGAUGCCUAUGCACAGGCAGCACUUUCACUCAUUCCUGAUAUUUUAAUGGAGGCUUCAGACUUGAGGACUUUGGAGGCGGUCAUGAUGCUAGUUAUAUAUCUCGCACCUCUCGGCCAACCUCAGUCGUCAGAAUUAUUGCUCGGAAUCGCCGUUCAAGCACUUUAUACUCUCGGUGGACAUAAAUUCCAAUCUUCUCCAGAAACUCCGAGUCGGUCCCAACAGAGCCGACACCUGCGUGCACUCUUUUGGCUUUGUUACGGCACUGACAGCGAAUUUUCCAUUCGGAAAGGUCAACCGCCCUUAUUAAAUGAAACACACUGUGAUCUAGAUUUGCCUGUUAACUAUGCGCAAAAGUCUUCUGAGCAUCACUUUUACUGGAAACCUUUGUCCUCCAAAGAGCUCCUCUACCCGUCAGAUAUUCGCUUGAACCUGAUCAAAUCCAAGAUCUACCGUCUUCUUUACUCUGAGAAGAACUCGUCCCGGUCAGAAGCUCGACGCAUUCAACUCAUCCGCGAGCUCGAUCUUGAGUUGAGUGAUCUCAGGGCCGAAUACCCGGUUGAAUGUCGGCCGGAUGCCUUUGCCACAGAAAAGGCGCCGGACUAUCUGUUCCACGAUCUCAGUAUCCGGGGUAUCAGCAUCCACCUCGAAUACUACUAUUGCCUGGGUAAAAUCCAUGGCGCAAACACCUCUUUUAAUAUUCCGACCUCCAAGACGUGGUCUCCCCUGCCGUCCAGUGACGAGAUUUGCUACGAGGCAGCACGCUCAACUCUCAUCUACAUAGGCCGAGUCCGCCAUUACAUUAACUACCACACAUUCUGGCUCCAUGCGCAAUUCGUGCUGACGGCUGUCAUCACGCUCUUCCGCUUCCUACUCAUGAUCCCCUCCGCUCCGAAUUUCGCUCGAGACCUUCAGGUCCUCGAUGGCACAGCAGAUCUUUUUGCGGGUUUUACCAUGUCGGAGGACCCGGAGCGGAAUUGUUUCCCGCCUUUUUAUAUAACUCACGCAUUCAUCAAGGAACUUGUGUUCUUGGCUCGGCGGGCGUAUGAUAGAUCUAGAAAAAACUGA